UCCCUCCCGACUCCUCCCCUUCCCCACCUACAUACAUACACACUCUCUUCUCUCCAAAAAUGGCUACUGAACGGGAAGAAUCCACUGCGGAAGUCGUAAUAAGCCAAGAAGAAAACCCUCAUCUCAUCAAACACAAGACACUCUCUUGGAAGAAGCUCAGACGCUAUGACUCACUGGACAUUGAGUCCGGCAACCUCCGCCACCCCCACCACGGCGCCGCCGCCUCCAAGGGUGGUGAUGGGCGGUACUGGGGAUUGGUGCUGCAACUGGCGUUCCAGAGCAUCGGCGUGGUGUACGGGGACAUCGGAACGUCGCCGUUGUACGUGUAUUCGAGCACUUUUGGUAGUGAAAUCAAACACAACGAUGAUGUUCUUGGAGUUCUGUCGCUCAUCUUUUACACCAUAACCAUAAUACCUUUGAUCAAGUACGUCUUCAUCGUUCUACGCGCCAACGACAACGGUGAUGGAGGGACAUUUGCUUUGUAUUCAUUAAUAUGCCGAUACGCAAAAGUGGGGCUGAUUCCGAGUGAAGAAGUAGAAGAUGGGGAUGUCUCCACGUUCAAAUUAGAAUUGCCUAAUAAGCGCAUGCAAAGAGCUUUGAAAGUGAAGUCCACCUUAGAGAACAGCAAUUUCGCAAAGGUGUUUCUGUUGUUCGCCACCAUGCUUGGGACUUCCAUGGUCAUUGGAGACGGCGUCCUCACUCCUUGUAUUUCAGUAUUAUCCGCGGUAGGUGGAAUCAAGGAGGCUACAUCUGCCAUGACAGAAGAUAGAAUAGUUUGGACAUCAAUUGCCAUCCUAGUAUGCCUGUUCAUGGUCCAAAGAUUUGGAACUGACAAAGUCGGCUAUAGCUUUGCUCCCAUAAUCUGUGUUUGGUUCUCACUCAUUGCUGGAAUUGGCGUUCACAAUUUCAUCAAAUAUGAUCCUUCUGUUAUCAAAGCUAUAAACCCCAAGUACAUCGUUGAUUACUUCAGAAGGAACAAGGAUCAAGCUUGGAUUUCCCUUGGUGGUGUUGUUCUUGCUAUAACAGGAACUGAAGCAUUAUUUGCUGAUGUUGGUCACUUCUCAGUGAGAUCCAUACAAAUAAGUAUGUGCAGUGUGACUUAUCCAGCACUCAUUCUAGCGUACACUGGACAAGCCUCUUUUCUUCGCAAGAACAAUCACUUAGUCUCCGACACCUUCUAUAAGUCCAUUCCAGAUCCCUUGUAUUGGCCGAUGUUUAUCGUUGCGGUCUUGGCAUCAAUCAUAGCAAGUCAGGCUAUGAUCUCAGGAACUUUCUCCAUAAUCCAACAAUCGCUUUCACUGGGAUGUUUCCCCCGUGUUAAAAUCGUGCACACGUCUACCAAGUACCAAGGCCAAGUUUACGUUCCUGAGAUCAAUUACCUUCUGAUGUUGGCUUGUGUCUUUGUCACUCUUGGAUUCAGGACCACCACAAAAAUCGGCAAUGCCUAUGGGAUUGCUGUGGUGUUUGUGAUGACCCUAACAUCGGCGUUUCUGGUUCUGAUCAUGAUCAUGAUCUGGAAGACUCACAUACUGCUUAUAAUCGCGUAUGCUUUGAUCAUCGGUACAAUCGAGCUAGUUUACUUGAGUUCAGUUCUUUACAAGUUUGAUCAAGGGGGGUAUCUACCGCUCGCAUUUGCCCUGGUCCUAAUGACCAUCAUGUACGUAUGGAACCACGUUUAUAGGAAGAAAUACUACUUUGAACUCGACCACAAGAUCUCACCCGAAAAAGUUAAGGAAAUCGUGAAAGACAUGAGUACUUCUCAAAGGUUGCCUGGACUUGCAAUCUUCUAUUCAGAGCUAGUACAUGGAAUCCCGCCUAUUUUCGAGCACUAUGUAGCCAACAUACCGGCCCUUCACUCGGUCUUAGUUUUUGUGUCGUUCAAGUCCUUGCCAAUAAGCAAAGUACCAAUGGACGAGCGGUUUCUUUUUCGAAGGGUACAACCUAAGGACAUCCAUGUGUAUCGAUGUAUUGUACGUUACGGAUACAAGGACGACAGAAACGAGCAGGAGCCAUUUGAGAAAUUGUUGGUUGAAAAGUUGAAGGAGUUCAUUAGGGAGGACUACUUCAUGGGCUUAGCCAUGAUUCGCAAUAGCAUAGAUUUUGUAGGCAACGAGGAAGUAGAAUUGGGUGAGGAUGAGGUGCAGGGUGAGAAUAAGGAUGAUGAAAUUGCAAAGAAGGAAGAGGAAAUGGAGAGGGAUAUGGCGGAUUUGGACAAGGCGUGGCGGUCUGGGGUAGUGCACCUGGUGGGGGAGCAUGAAGUGGUGGCCGGAAAAGGAGCCAACAUUGGGAAGAGGGUGUUGAUAGACUACGCAUAUAAUUUCUUGAAGAAGAACUUGAGGCAAAGCAACAAGGUGUUUGAUAUUCCUCACAAGAGAAUGCUUAAAGUGGGAAUGACGUAUGAACUUUAGAGUGGUUGUAAUUAAUUUUGGAAUAAUCCUGUAAUUCAUUUCUAUAUAUUUUUUAUCUGAAAAUGUA